AUGAGUAGAGAGGUUUCUAGGGACGCAUCCCUAACUCCAUUGAGAGUUGAUAUAAUUGAAGACCCGCCAUUACGGAACAGCUAUGAGCACUUUAUUGACAGCGCAACUUAUGAUCCCAAUAUUCCUAUAGCCAUUGACUUCGGGUCUUAUGAAUUGAGGGCAGGUUACACCAACAUAUCGAGGCCGUCGCAUAUAUUCCCGAAUAGAUUCUCGAAAUAUCGUGAUAGAAAGACGAACAAGUAUUUGCCUUGUAUAGGUUACGACACAUGGCUGGAUCAAACCACUAGAUCACAGGCAAGAAGUCCAUUUGAUGGGCCGUUGGUGGUCAACUGGGAUAUGGUUGAAGACAUUCUUCAAUAUACGUUUCAUCACUUGGGUGUUCAACCUGAUAAUGGUGUGACAAACCCAAUCAUAAUAAAUGAGAAACUAGCGUGCCUACAGUCUCAACGAUCUAAUUGGUAUCAAACUUUGUUUGAGUCGUUCGGAGUCCCAAAGGUCUCGAUGGCUGUAGAGGGCAUGUUAGCAUUCUAUGGUCAUAAUGGCGGAAGUUCGACAGGUAUAGUUAUUGACUGUGGAUAUGAAGACACGAAUGUCAUACCUAUAGUAGAAGGGCAAGGAAUGAUGCUUGACGCGAAAAGGAUAAAUUGGGGUGGUCACAGCUCUAUAGAUUACUUGAGCAACUUACUUUAUUUGAAAUAUCCUUACUUCCCAACUAAAUUAUCCUACCUGCAAUACGAAAAGAUGUACAAAGACUAUUGUUAUGUUUCGCAAGAUUAUGAAACAGAUAUUGAAGGAUAUUUGACGCUAGGUAACCUUGAAAAUAAGAAUGUUGUUGUAGAGGCACCUUUUGUUGAAGUACAAGCUCCACAAAAGAGUGAAGAAGAGCUGAGAAUUCAAGCUGAGAAGAGAAAAGAAAGCGGUAAGAGAUUACAGGAACAAGCACGUAUAAAAAGAAAGGAAAGAUUAGUUCAGAAGCGGGAAGAAUACGAAUAUUUCUCCAAAGUGAAGGAGCAACUAGAAGGCGAGCCAAAAAAGAAAGUACUAGCUGUGUUGCAAAGCGCGGGAUUUGAUGAUGAGAGAGAUUUCAAAAAAUAUCUCUAUAACGUUCAAAGAUCGAUAAAGAAAGCUGAAGCUCUUGAACUUUCUGAAGCGGUAGAUGAGGCAGAAGAAGAAGAAAAUAUGGAAGGCAAAUUUGAUUUGGUAGAUAUCCCUGAUGAACAAUUAAAUGAAGAGCAAAAGCAGGAGAAAAAAGUUCAGAAGCUUUUGAAAGCAAAUUACGAUGCCCGCCAAAAAGCUAAGGAAGAGAAGGAGAGAAUAUUAAAGGAGGUUGAAGAACAAAAGAAAAAGGAUGAAGAAUGGAGAUCUACGGAUUUCAAUGGAUGGUUAAAAGAUAAGAGAAACAGAUUACAUGAUCUAAUGCAAAAGAGAAAAGAAAAGCUUAAGCUUAAGGAGGAUAUGAAAGACCGUAAAUCUCAAGUGGCACAGAAUCGAAUGAAGAAUUUGGCAAAUUUAGCAGAAGAUAAUGCCAGAGGCACGAAACGAACCAGGCAGCAAGCUACGAUUGAUAACGACCCUAAUGACACAUUUGGUGCCAAUGAUGAAGAUUGGAUGGUGUACAAUGAUAUAACCCAAAAUCCUGAAGCACUUGAUGAAGCGAUUGAGGACGAAUAUAAGGAGAUAGUGGACUUAGAAGGUAUACUUCUAGAAUAUGAUCCUAAUUUUACCGAGGAAGAUACAUUAGAUGCUCAGUAUGACUGGAGAAAUUCAGUAUUCCAUUUGUUUUUGCGUGGUCCCAGACCUCAUGAUAGUGAAAAUAUUCAUGAGCAGCAUCAAAUGCAUAUCAACGUGGAGCGCAUCAGAGUACCUGAAGUAAUGUUUCAGCCAAUACUUGGUGGACAAGAUCAAGCAGGUAUAACAGAGAUCUGUGAGACGAUAAUUACGAAAAAGUUUGGGUCAACUCCGAGAAAUUUGAGUCAGCAAAGUUUAGAUAUGGCCAAAAACGUGUGGUUAGUCGGUGGGAAUGCUCAAGUUCCUGGGCUUAAAAGUAGGGUGGUAAAAGAGUUCACUGAGUUCCUUCCUUCGGAUACAAAAAUAAAUGUCAAUAUAUCAGAAGCCCCUACUCUGGACGUGUGGAAUGGUAUGUAUAGACUGGCGAAUACAGAAGAAGAUUAUCAACGUACAAUUGUAACUUCUGAGGAGUAUGAUGAAUGUGGCGUCGACUAUCUGAAAGAGCACAAGCUAAGUAAUGUACCUUAUUUCGAGUAA